AUAUGAAUAGAAUUGUUAUUUUCGAUAUCGUGUAGGGUUGCCUUUGUCGAACACUUCGGAUAGAUAAAUUUUCAUUUUGGUUUGAUGAGUUGUUGGAUAGGGGACCAAUUUUGGGGUACAGGGAAUAUGACACCAAAUGUUGUACCGAAAUAAAAUGCUGGUGUUGUUGCUGCUGAAUUAUUAUGGAAUGCAAGGAUGGAAGAUGUGAUUGACCCAAUUAGUAAUGAGCAUAUUAAGUACUUGCAAUUCAAAAUGUCGGUUAACUAGAUACACCGCCCAUCGUACGGGAAUUUACACGAAGAUCGGCUACAAAGGUCUUUUGGAAUUGCAGUAUGAUUUCUCUAGAAAUUCGUUGCGGCUUUUAUUUUGAUUGGAACCCACGAAGGAUGACUUCUUGUUACAUCAGGAUUCCAUUCCAACGUACCUAUGUUACGGAAAUUUAUUAUUUACGGACACAAGGCGAUAUCAACUGUAACUUCUAUGCCGCUAUUCAAUUAUAGUUGUCAUAGGUAACGGCAUAAAAAGUACGUGACGUCACUCAAUGGCAUACGUUAUGACUAAGAUAUGACCAUCGAGCAUAAUGGUACCAAAAUUACUACUGAAGCCAUAAAAACAAAGCUGCUUGACAUGUAAUUCGACACCAAAGGUCACAGCGGUGGUGCUUUUUCGGGAAAAUUUGACCAGACUAUCUCAAACAAAAAGGAAGGAAGGUGCAGGUGAGGUGGUGUGAAAAAAAACAUCAUGAGGCAACGUUCCUUUCUUUUUCUUGGCUUAAGUUAAAUCCGACUGUAAUGAAUCUGCUUCCAGUAUUUCACUUAUCGUCGACCGCGAACUUGGUGUAAUAUUUGCGUACAAAAUUUUAUUUUUUUUAUUACGGGCAGUGUACAUGACUUUGUCAUGGUUCAAAAGCAAAGUUAUCCGCAAUCAGCUCUACGACGGCUCAAAAACCAAUGAAUCUAACGCUAUCCUUCUAGAUUAAUCUCUACUGAUCUUUUAAAUUUUCAAACCAUCCACAAAAUGGUAUUAAGUGAUUAAAUCGAUCAUAUUUAAUAAUGAACGAAACUGAUUCGUUUAGCCCUACCAAUCAAAAUCGCCCAAAGACUAUUCACCAAAAGGAUGGUAUAUAGACUGUCUUUUCAAUCAUUUGGAUCAAUCAGUACUUCGAGCUUUAUCGACCAAGCCAUAUCACCAUUACAUAAAUUUCAGGUUAGUUAACAUUCAAUAUUAAAUGUCAAACUCUAUGGGUUCGGUUGCAUAAUAAAGUGAAAUUACAACUCAAUAGGCUUUCUCUUUGUAAUAUGAGUAAUCUUCGACUUAACUCUGUUCAAAUGUAAUGAACUUACUUCUACGGCGUUGACAGAUUUGUACCCUUAUAUAGGAAUGGUCUUGUAAAGACUAUAAAAUGAUAUUCAAUUAUUAAUCUGACUAAUUCAAAGUUAAACUUCUCCGUGAGGUCUCCUUAAAAAAUAAAUCUGCAAUAAAAUAGAAACUUUCUAUGCUAAUGGAAAAUUCACAAGUGGCCGUAAUAUUUUAAGAGCCCCUUCUUUUAAAAUUUCAAUGGAACCAAAAUGAGCUAUUUGGCAGCAAAUGAAAAUUGUUAUGGCAUCCUUAAGGUACCUAAUUCACGCGAUUGAAAAAUAAUACAGCCACUAAAUACCUCUAAAUAUUCUCGGUAGUUGUGUCGUUCCUAUAGAAAUUUCCUACAGCAGAAUCCUGCUAGGUCAAGGUUCGCAUGCGUUGUACAUGAAGUGAUAAAAAUCUCAGAUUGAAAAGAAAGUUCCUUCCUUCUUGGAUUUGUGCGGUGUGCGAAUGCUUCUCUUUUGGUUACCCACAAUGAGCUUUAUGACGGCUCAAAACCGAAUAAAUCUGACACUAACCUUCUGAAUGAAUCCCUACUCAGCUUUUACUUUUUUAAACCACCAACAAAAUGGCGCUAAGGAAUUAAAAGACACUAUUUAAUAAUGGAACGAAACGAAUACGGAUCAAAAUCGCGGCCGUUUAAUAUUGCAAAUUCAGAGCUUCUCAUGAACCAAUACGAUAUCAUUCUGCGUAAUCCUGACUGGUUGUUUUGGAUACUAAAACCUAUUAACGCCUAACGCCCGACUGACUGUCUCCAGCUGCUCUAAGCCAUUACCCGCUCACGACGUAUAUGGAAACCAGUGACCCAUAAAAUACAAAUGGCCGAUCUUAUUAAGAACCUACUGACUUUUAAAACAUUGAAACCCAUAAACAUUUUGUAAAAACUAAACUCUAGUCACUAAUGCAACACCCGAUAUACCUACUCCUUAAUACUUAUUACCUAGAAAAUUAAAAAUCGAAAAAAUGUGAAACGCUAGAGAACUCAGCAAUUAUUUUUAAAUUUUAAUUAUUUAUGAUUGCACACAAUGUUGACUACGUUAGUUACCUGAUUUGCAAUUGACAGGUUGUAAAUAUUAUGCCAAUUCUUACAUAUUUAUUGUAAAAAGCUGUAUAGAAUAUUGAUCUAAAAAUCUGUAGUCAUUGUCACUGGGGUUCCAGACCAUAAACAAUUUGCGAGUGGGGUCGCUUUGCAGCCAGCUCACAUAAUAAUAUUGAGAGCAACUCUCGAUAUUAUUCAAAAUACGUGUGAAAAUUUAAGGCGCCGUCGUCAUUAUACAGGCUACUACGUAGCGUUGAUCAGCAGGAAAUUACUCCACGUUGAGUCGAUUUAUGGCCGUCAACCUAUCUGAUUGGGCGAAAAAAAUUAAUUUUAUUGGUGGAAAAGAAGGGCAAGUGCAACAAUAUGGCGAAGUCAAUCAACUUGGUGGUGUCUUCGUAAACGGCCGUCCGUUACCGAAUGCGGUUCGAUUACGAAUCGUGGAACUCUCGCAGGUGGGAGUUCGACCCUGUGAUAUUUCAAGACAGCUGCGCGUCUCGCACGGCUGCGUAUCCAAAAUUUUGGCGCGGUACCACGAGACCGGUUCCAUUUUACCAGGAGCGAUAGGCGGCUCCAAACCUCGGGUGACAACGCCGAAGGUGGUGUCGUAUAUAAAAGAACUAAAGCAGAAGGAUCCCGGCAUCUUCGCGUGGGAAAUUAGAGAUCGACUGUUAUCCGAUGGUGUCUGUGACAAGUACAAUGUUCCUUCAGUUAGUUCAAUUAGUCGAAUAUUAAGAAAUAAAAUAGGAUCUUUAGUGCAUACGGCCGCGCAUUCCCACUCGCUUUACAACGCGAUUUAUCCCACCUACCCGUAUCCCCAACAGAAAUUGGAAUCGCCCCCGCCCCAAAGGUAUACAGGGCCUCACUGGCCGAGCUCGCAUUCGGUCUCCGAUAUAUUAGCUAGCGUCCACUCGGCUGCAUUUCGUUCGCCCCAUUCACCCGCAGCCGCCGCUUUACCACCUGGACCGUCACCACCAGUGGCGGACCACACGGCUCAAAAUUACAACUAUUACAUGUACUUACAAUCUGGCAACACGGCAGCAGCCAUGCACAUGGUGAAUUCUGGUAUUAGUCAUCCGGCAUUAACACCUACUGGACCGCACAUUUGAGUGAUAGCUUUUAACAACGUGUGUUGGACGUGCUUCACUCGACGCUUUUAUGUUGUUCGCCCAAAUGCGUUGUCUUGAUGUACUUAUGUUUUGUAAAUAAGAUUAAAUUAUAAGUGGGUUUUUAGUACUUUAACGAAUUUCAAAAAACUAAAUUCCGAUUUGCUUCUGAAGCUUUAAAAUGGUGCAAUAAAUUUUAAAUUAUUCAACUGUGAGCAUUUAUGUAUGCCAUGAAAUUAUUUAUUUGUUAAUAUAAUAAAAAUUCAAAUUGUAUAAAGACUAGGUAUGUGUAAGUAGGCAAAUAAACCAUUUCCAAUUAACAUAA